UGCGAAAAGCAGUUCAAAUUCUGCGGACACCUUCUAAACAUUGCUCGAUACUUCGGUGGCAAUUUGGGAUUCUCUGCCUCUAUCUGGGAAGCUGCUCUUGUUCUUUGUCAGUACUUUGAACAGGAGAAGAUAACUUUUUCUGGGAGGAAGGUGAUUGAGCUGGGUUCUGGAACUGGAAUUGUGGGGAUUCUAGCUGUUCUGCUGGGUGGAGAUGUUACUAUGACAGACAAAGAGAACGUGUUGUGUCAGAUAGAACACAAUGUCUCCACCAACAUCCCCGCUACUUUUAGGCAUCGUUCAAAGGUCUGUGCCCUUUCCUGGGGUAAGGACCACAUAAAUUUUCCUACCGACUACGACUUCAUCUUGGGUUCAGAUAUUGUGUAUACCUCCCUCACUUAUUCCCUGCUGUUAAAGACUCUGCUCCAUCUGUCCAAUGAUCCAACCAUCAUUUACCUCUCUUCAAAAUUACGAAGAGGGAACCAUUCCAUUAAUUUCCAUGAGGAGCUUUUACCUAAGCAUUUCAAUUGCCAACUUGUUCACAGAGUUGAGGACAAAGAUAUUAAUGUGUACAAGAUUAGCAAAUUGAGUCCAAGGGGGAAAGAUGACCUUCUGAUGUAGAAUCAUAGAAUUGUACAACACAGAAGGAAGCCAUUUGGUCCAUCAUGCCUGUGCCAGCUCUUUGAUAAAGUUAGCCCCACUCCACCGCUAUGUAGGAAGGUGGAUCUUUGUUUAAAGUGGACUUUGUUCAUAAAAGCAUUUCUUUGUUGACUACCCUUGCAAAAAUACAUUUGAAAAGUACUUAACAUCCUGCUGUUUUAAUUUGCUUCUCUUAAAUUUUCCCCCUUACCCCAUGGAUGCCAGUGCCCUAACCACAGCUGCUAAGGGCAAUGUUCUCCCUCUGACUGUGAUCCUGAGGGAUGCCCUGAAGUUGUGAAAGGCACUAUAUAAAAACAAAUAUUUAUUUUCUUUUACUGGGAUUCUGAGACUGCAUUUUACACUAGGCUGCUGCUAUUGGUUUUGUGAUAUUGAACUGCGUUUAAGCUAAACUGUAUUGAACCCAGUAAAUGCUGUGCCAUAGUGA